CCAGAAUCCCCUGUGUCGCGCAUGCGCAGUCGCGUCAGCAGCAUGGCCGCAGGCAGCAGUGUGGAGUGGCUGAAGAGUGUGAAAGGAGUGAUUUUAGACAUGUGUGGAGUUCUGUAUGAUAGCGGAGAGAGAGGAGGACAGGCGAUACACGGAUCUAGAGAAGCAGUGAGGAGGCUGAUGGCUUCCGGUCUGACGGUGCGUUUCUGCACUAAUGAGACUCAGAACACACGUGAGAGGUUCGUGCAGAAGCUGCGUGUGAUGGGCUUCGACAUCAGCGUCAGUCACGUGUUCUCCCCCGCGCCGGCGCUCAUUCACAUCCUCAGAGAGAGAGGCCUGCGGCCCCGCCUGCUGGUGCAUGAUGAUCUGAUCCCGGAGUUUGACGGUGUGGACAUGAGUUCUCCAAACUGUGUUGUCAUCGGAGACGCUGCGGAUAACUUCUCCUACCAGAACCUGAACGAAGCCUUCCGUGUUCUGAUUGGCCUGGAGAAACCGCUGCUGUUCUCGCUGGGUCAAGGACGCUACUAUAAGGAGACGGACGGUCUGAAGCUGGACGUGGGUGUGUUUAUGAAGGCACUGGAGUACGCGUGUGACGUCCAGGCCGAGGUGGUGGGAAAACCAUCAGCUGAGUUCUUCCAGACGGUCCUCAGUGACAUGAAGCUCCAGCCGCACGAGGUUGUGAUGAUCGGUGAUGAUCUGCUCAAUGAUGUCGGUGGAGCUCAGCGCUGCGGGAUGAAGGGUCUUCAGGUCAGAACUGGCAAAUACAGGCCGAGCGACGAGCAGCACCCGAGCGUGAGAGCCGAUGCUUACGUGGACGACCUCGCCGCCGCCGUGAACGCCAUCCUGACCGAUCACUGACCAGGACCCGACUCUAGCGAUCGAUCACGCUCUGUAGGUGAAGCUGCACUGAGACAUGAAGAACACUGUGAAAGCCAGACGCAAGCAUGCAUCAUAAACUCAGUAACACUUGUGUAUAAUGAAUUAUAAAGGUUUCAUAAUGUACAUUAUAAUUCAUUGUAUCUUUUCAUAAGUAAAUGUAACCUUGCAUUAUAACAUUUUGUCAUGUGUUUUAGUGCAUUAUACUUUCUAAAGGUGUAACAAUGACUAGAUAAAGUAUUAUAACUGUUGUUACAGUUAUUCACAAUGCAUUAUAAGCUGCAUAAUUAAUGCAUUAAAACUACUUUAUAAUGCAUUAUAUAUAAGGGCUUUAGAUAAAGUGUCUUUGUGAACUUACACUCACCAUGGUCAAUAAAAGACAUUAUUUUUGCAUGAAUGAAUUUGCUGAUAAAUAAAUGUCCUGCCAGAAAACAAGCGUUCUGUGACACUGAGGUCUAGUAUUAUUAGGGCCGUUCACACAGGGAACGCAGGGAAGGAAUGGUAAAAACACAAGGUCUUGAGAUGCAAGUUGAACUUCUUUUAACUUGAGCGCCGUGUUUUUAACAUGCAGAGCUCAUGC